UACCUUGACGUCACGAUGGUUGCCUACUGGAGACAAGCUGGGCUUAGCUACAUCAGAUUCUCUCAAAUCUGUGCAAAGGCAGUCAGGUCAUCUUUGAAACCUCAGUUUAAAGCAGAUGCUGAAAAGGCUGCAGUAUCCAAUGUUAAAAUUAUAAAGCCUAAAAAGGAGUAAGCAAGGUGUCUGAACGCUGGAUCAAACUGAAUGCUGUCGCUCUGAGAAAAGUAAUCGUUAUGUUUCCCAUCCAUAUUUAAAAACAAAACAUACACCGACCUCAUAGCAAGUUUUAACUCCAUGAGUAAAUAAAAUGUAUGAUUUGUUUGA